AUGCGAUCCACCAAGGGACCCGUGUUCGUAACUGCUCCUACUAUCAGCAGUCCUGACAAAAGGGGGUACAUCCUCUGCGAUGUGCUUCAUGGCAUGACAGACCGGAAGGAGCGGCGCUUUGUGCGCGUGCACCACAAAAUCGGACGUGACCUCGUCCGCCUGCAACAGACCUGGCGGGUUUUCUACGCCGUCCGUGACGCCCUCGUUUCCCGGUGGCGGCACUCCUCCUCCUCGCUCAAAGCCCAGAUCGCUCUGCAGGCUCUCUAUGUCGAAUGCUACCGCAUCCGACUUGUCCUUCUGCGUGGCAUCGCUCGCCUCUAUCAGAUUGCCGCCACCCUCUCGCCGGAUUCGGAUUUGCGCUUCCGAUAUCCCACGUUAUUCGUGGAACAAGCCCGACAGUUCGUCCACGUCCUUCAAGAACGGGCGUGCUGGGAACCCGUCAAGUACAUGAAGAAGCUUGGCCUUGACGUCGAUCUUGAGUUUCUUGGACCCGAGCCGGAGCUCAUCGAACCACCGCUUUUGCUACCGGAGCGCGUCGUGAUUACAAUGAACGAGGAAAGGAUCGAAUUCGUCUUUUCGUGA